AAUAAUUCAACCAACUUUUCUUCCACCUAACUCACUACAAAGUCAAUUUCUAUGCAAAGCUAAAGAUUAUGACUUCUAAAUAUUUUGUGUCCCACAUCUUAAGCACUUCACUUGUCUUCCUAAUUUCCCUUUGUGGAAUUUACUGCAGUGAUCAUGACAUGCAGCAGAUUUUAAGGUCAGCCCAACAACAUAAAGACUGGUUGGUAUCAAUUAGAAGAGAAAUUCAUGAACAUCCAGAACUUAGAUUUGAAGAAUACAAAACAAGUGCUCUUGUUCGCACUGAACUCGAUAAGCUUGGGAUUUCUUAUGAAUAUCCAGUUGCUAAAACUGGGGUUGUUGCUCAAAUUGGCUCCGGCUCUCGUCCUGUUGUGGCUCUCAGAGCUGACAUGGAUGCUCUGCCCUUGCAAGAGCUGGUUGAAUGGGAACAUAAGAGCAAAAUUGAUGGUAAAAUGCAUGGAUGUGGACAUGAUGCUCACACCACAAUGCUUCUUGGUGCUGCUAAGUUGCUUAAUCAGCGUAAAGACAGCCUUAAGGGAACUGUGAGACUUCUUUUCCAACCAGCUGAGGAGGGAGGUGCUGGCGCAUCUUAUAUGAUAAAGGAAGGUGCACUAGGCGAUGCUGAAGCAAUAUUUGCAAUGCACAUCGGUGAUCAAUUACCCACUGGGAGCAUAGCAUCGCUGUCAGGGCCAGCCUUGGCUGCUUCGAGCGUCUUUCAUGCUAAAAUCGUAGGCAAAGGUGGCCAUGCUGCAGAGCCUCAUACUAACGUGGAUCCAAUACUUGCUGCAUCUUUUGCAAUUUUGGCGUUGCAACAGGUCAUUUCAAGAGAACUUGAUCCCCUCCACAGUGGGGUGGUAUCUGUUACCUUUGUUAAAGGUGGGACUGCCCUGAAUGUAAUUCCACCAUAUGUCGAAUUUGGUGGCACUAUGAGGAGCCUUACGACUGAGGGUUUGCUUCGACUCCGGCGGAGGUUGAUAGAGGUUAUUGAAGGCCAAGCAACUGUUCAUAGAUGUACUGCAUAUGUCGACCUGAAAGACAAUGAACAUCUAAUGUAUCCUGCUGUUGUGAAUGAUGAAAGCCUGAAUUCUCAUGUUCAGAGGAUCGCUAGUCUUCUUCUCGGUCCUGAAAAUGUGAAGACCGAUAACAAGGUGAUGGCCGGUGAGGACUUUGCUUUCUAUCAAGAAAUGAUUCCUGGAAUCAUGCUCAGCAUAGGGAUCAGAAAUGAAAAAUUAGGUUCCAUACACUCGCCACAUUCACCUCACUUCUUUCUCGACGAAGAUGUCCUUCCAAUCGGAGCUGCAUUACUCACUGCCCUUGCGGAAAGUUAUCUGAAUGAGCAUCAACAAUCUGCUGUACAGUAGUAGGGAGCGAAAAUAGUACUCACUCUGUCGGUUAUGUGCGAAAAUCAAAUCAAACUGAAUAACCGAAUGUAUUGGAAAAAAUAACAUUUUUCGGUUCAGUUUGGUUUUAAAAGUAAAAAAAUCUCAGAUUAGUUGUAAAUUCGGCCUGGUUAAGUUUUUUCCACAAUGGCUUGCCCUUAAAAUCUUCACUCUUGCGUUCAAUUUGCUAAAUUUUCUCGGGGUAUAA